AUGUCAAAGCAAUUUUAUUUUUUUAAAAAAGUGGUGCAAGGAGGAUUGGGAAAUGAUACAUUUUUGACAUUAUGGGAACUUCUAGAGUCCUGGACUUCUCAAAAUAAUUGGAUGGCAAUCUUCUUUAUAAUUUUCCUGGGAAUUAUUUUUGAGAUUAUACUCUUAAAGAUUUGUAUGUCCUUUCAGAAGAAGCCUGAACUUCCUUCAGAAAAGGAUAAGUCAGAUAUACACAAGAUAAAAGGUCAGCUCUUUCAUCCUCAGAAGCAAGGAGACACCUACACCAGCUUAGGGGGUGUUGAGAAUGUCUUCAUGGAGAAGGUUAUACUGGAGCUGAACUUUAAAAGAGUUGAUAACUAUUCAGAGAGAACAAAUGCUUCAUCAAUUACAUCUGAAGGAAAUGAAGAGUACUUUGAAGACAGCGUUCCACCACCAGAUGAACCACCACGGGAAAGUACCAGUGAAAGUAGAUUUCAAGUAAGUCACUUUAGCGAAAGCCAUAUGACAUCUUCAGAUGGGACUAGCUCAUCAUCUUUGUCACUAUUUCAUUCGGAAGUACAGGAAAUUUUGCUAAGGUGUAGCGGGUGCCCAAAAAAUGAACGCGAAACAAUACAGUUUUCAUCAAAGAAAUUAUUUUCCAUAAUGAAAAGUAACAGAAGUAAAAACAGGACGUUUUCUUCUGACUUUAACUUUUCAAGAACUUCGAGAAUCAUUAUAGAAAGUGAAGAUCUAGAUGUGGCACCAUGCCCUCCUGCCCAUCUGUUUCUUUCUAGAGACCAAGUCAGACUUCUGGAAGAAAAUGUGAGAAAUCAAAGCCCUCCAAAAUCCAAAGCCACGUUAGAGAAUAAAACUACCUCUCGGUCCCCAACCUCUCUAGAGCCCUUGAUUCAGAAUCAACCUUCUGCUACAAUGGACCUUUCUCCCCAAGCACAAGCUUCUUUUUCCAAACAAAAGGCUACUCAGAAUCAAGGAUUUUCCAAAGCCCAAUUUAUUGGUCAAGCCCACCAAUUUUUUAACAAUCAGUCAUCAGUCAACAGGCAGCCUGAGAGUGAGGCCAGAUACUUUGCUCUGCCUCAAGAUUUGGUGAGGGAACCACUCACUAGCAGCACCCAAGACUCCUUCCAGACUGCAGACAUGGAUGGGUGCCAACAUCUGGUCCAAGUUCCACAGUCUGCUGAGACUCAAGAUCCAGUCAAGGGCCUAGCGUCUGAUACAAAACACUCAGAUGAGGCCCAGGAUUCUGUCUGGUCUGAAGAGUCAAACAAGAUUAAAUAUUCUAUCCCAGUGCAAGACACUAUUUUAAAGGAUGCCAGACAUCUGGUUUUACCUCUGAGCCCAAAUUCAGUUGAUAAAGUGAUGCCACAACAAGAGCAUGUUAAGAGUGAAGGCCAGAAACAAAUUGCUUCCUCAACAUUAAACCAGUCUCCUUCAUAUGGCUCACUGCCUCUCAUGACCAGGCAGAAAAACAGAAGAAAACCCUCACGUAGUAAAAGUGAACUUAGCCUCAAAGAUCUGCCUCAGAAGUCAAGGAAAACACCAGUUUCACAGAUACUUCAGACCACAGCAUGUCACACUUCAGAGUGCAGCCAGUUAAGAUAUGAGCAUAAAACUAAGAAGAAAGAGUUACAUCAAAGAAAAGGUGUAUCAGGUAUAGCGUUGCAUUUUACGUAUGCUUUCAAGCUUGUCCCUCCUUAUAUUAGGAAGUAUUAUAGGAAAAGACAAGCAAAAUUCACUCCACGUUUAACAGAAUGUAGAGAUUUUCUGCCGAAACCAGAUCAGUCACUAUGUGCAGAGAAAGUUAAUUACAUAGGGUCUGUUGAGGAAGAAGGAACCAUGGGGAGUACUGAAAAUGAAGAGCAGCAUGGCAGAAACAAUAAAGAACUAGAAAACAUUUCACAAGAAAUUCCAUCUCAGCUAGAACAGUCUUUCAUGGUCAGUACUUAUCAACAGAAAGUACCUUGUCCUUCAUUAAUAGAAACAAACAGGAUGAAUAAAGAGUCUCUUGAAGAUCCAAAGGAAAUGGAUAUUGGAGAGUCUUGUGCCCCAAAUAGCGAAACAACAUCUGACCUGCCUGUAGCAAGGCAAGAGACACCUUUAGAAGAAGCCAUAUCAGAACCUUUGCAGAAAUGUGUUUCCUCUCCCCAGAUGGAGUCAGACAGAAACAUGAAAACAUGGGAGGACCUACAAGGUUCAGAAAAUUCAAAUCCUGCCCUUUCAAGAAGAGAGGAGUUACCAACGAGUAUAUCAGAAAUGCAAAGAUGCUUCUCACAGGGGAAUACAGACAGAAAAGAUCUUCUUGAAAUUGUUCUGGAGUCUUCUGACGUCAACUUGUUCAUUCCCCUAGGAACCGAAAAUCAUAAAAGCAGUGGACAACCAGCAGUUGUAGAAAUUCAGGAGAGGCCAGAGGAUGUAACUGAGAAGGAAAAGAACGCAAUAAGAGUUCACGUGAUGGAAGAUGACAUAAGCGGAAGUGAGGAACUCGAAUGCAACACUAGAAGCAACAUUAACAAUAUGCAAGAUGAACGAAUAUCUCCUGCGUUUCAUGAGGCCACUCACACUGCCCUUUCUUUACCACCUCGUAUGAAAAUGCAGAGUGGAUUAAAAACCAAGAUGGAUACAUCAGAAAUAGGACUUAGUUUUUCCACAGUAAAGCCAGACGAAUUACCAGAUGACAGGAAAAUAUAUUUUUCCUUUGAGAAGAACUGUCUAGUUAAAAAACCACAAGAAGACAACAGAGAGGAAGAACAACAGGCUCCACAAGAAGCAGCUUUGCAGCUAACUCCAGGUUUCAGGUUCAGCCUACGACUACAGCAGAAGCCCACGUAUGUCCAACUGGAACCAGGACAGAAUAGUUCAAAAGGUCGAACUACUCAAAAUAAAGACCUCGAUGUUUACCCACAAACUCUCUCUACAGAGACAACUGUGAAGACUAACCCACACCCCGUGAUGGAUCCAUUUCAAGUUGAGGUGAAGCAAAGCACAGACAGACCUACAGGCAGGGAAACUGCAAACCCAGUGCAUCCUCUCACCGUGUUCGAGAGCUUGCCAGUUUUGACUGAAUCAACAGAAUGUGGUAUCCCUUUGGGUGGAAGCCCUGAGAAGUUCCUGGAUGCUCAGAUUGCAGAAGAAAAGCAGGACUUAGAAGGAGUUUUACCUGAAGUUGCCCUGGGGUCUUUCCAUAGGCAUAUGGCUCCUUUAUCAAAUUUGGAAAGGAAGAAAAUCAGAAAAAAAUUAUCAGGAACCACAAAUGUACUCAGUUUCAAAUGUGUGAUUACGAAAGUAAAAAAGCCACCAAAAUGUCACAGAAGAAGAUUAAGAAGCAAUUUCAAAAUCAUGAUUAAACGCAUACUUCAAGAUAAAUCCAUGGCAGAUAUGCUUCUGAAUGUUACUGACCCUUGUCUGUCUAUUUUGCCCCAUGUUAGAAUGCACAGCAGAUUAAACAUAGGGAAUCACAGUCAUACCGAGCUAAAACAAGAGACAUCGGAAGCUGAAAGAGAAGAAGACUAUUUAGAUAUCAUUAAUAAAGGAAGUGACUCUGGAAACACACUAGAAGCAGCUCAGUUGCAGGAGGAAGUGAGUGGGGACCAGGAAGCUUCACCAGAAGCAGUCCUUGAGGAUCUCUGGAACCUCAGAUUGGAUGAAGAUCCAGAGAAAGAGCUCAAAUCCAUGAAAGAAAUGCAACAACUGAUCACAUUUGCAGAAGUCAUGGCAGAGCCUAUUCACAUGGCCACAACAGGCCUAGUUCAUGUUGAGAAUAUGGAGAAAAGCCUGAUAGCACCCACAGAUUUAAGAUGCACUGAAGAUGAUUCUGAGAUAUCUGCUCCCACAUCAGAAAAAUCACUGAUUGGAGACCUUUUAAACCAAACAAGAGAAAGUGAUGUACCAGAUGAUGGAAGUGAUACCAGGGAAACAGGUUACUGUUUUGCAGCAAUGAAGGUGGAACGACCUGAAGAUUUACCAGCAAUGUUCCCAAAGACUUUUAAUUGCCACAUGCCUGUCUUAUCUCAUUCUAAAGUGAAGAAAACUAGAGUAAGAUUUUCACACAGAGAAUGUAGAGUGAACUCCAAGUCUGUACCUAUGAAGGCAUUGAAGCCAUCCAUUUCACAAAUGUGUGAUAUCACAGGUCAUCAAAGAAAGAAACUGGAAUCUGACUUUAAGGCCAAGUUCAAAAAGAUCGGCCAAGCUAAUGGACUGGAAUAUGAAUUUCUAAACACCCUUUACUCUCCUGUGCAUAGCAGGUUACCAGGAGCGAUAAAGAGCUUCUGCCAUGUUCAACCAAAGCUCCGGGGUCUAGCCGUUGAAGAGAGACCACUGUAUGUUGAUUUUUUUGAUGAGAGUAAUGCACUCUGUGACAGAGAAGAAAAAGGACAAGAUGUAGAGGAAAAGGAGCAAAAGACUUUGCUAAUAACAGCUCCGCAGCAUACCCAGUACUUCCGGAUCAAUGGAUGUCGAGGAAAGGAGACUCACCUUGCUGAACCAGAUGCAGGCCUGCACUGUUUAACACAGGAGCAAGAUACACAGCACCAAACAUGCUUUAAACAAGCUGCUUUGCAGACUGAUGUCCAGAUGGGUCCUCGAGAAGCUAAGGAACUCCUGAAGACCAAGAAACCAGAAGAUGACCUAACAGCCCCUGUGGGUCUGGAGGUUCUACCUCCCGAGGCAGGGAACUCAACACCUGUGAAACUUUUGAACAUUCCAACAGAGUGUGGUGUAGCCUCUGGUGGAAAUCUUACAAGGGAACAAGGUUUUUAUUCUGUGGAUAAAAAUUCAGCAUUACCAGAAAGUUUGCAAGUGACCUUCUUGCAGUCUUCUGGUUCUGUUGACACUUUCGUUUCUAAAUCUCAAAGAAAGAAAAACACACUAAGAUUAGCAAGAAAGCAAACAACAGUGAGUCGUAGAUACAGAGCUAUGAGAGAACAAAACCUAUCCACUCUGUGUAUGCUCCCUGGCAGGCAGAGAAAGGCAUUGCAAUGCAAUUUUCAAAUGAAGGGUUUACAGCAAAAUAAAAACACAGGAGAUAUGUGUUCACCUGUCAUUCUGUCCAGGGUGCCUGUUUGGCCCAGCACCAAAAUGAGCAUCGGAUUAAAUGUGGAGACAGAAACCCAAAGGAUAACAAGGCUUGAUCAUAUGCAAAUGCAAGAGAAAUCACCCAAUGAAAGAAAAGUAUGUUGCCCAGCUUCUGUGGAUAUGAGUACUUUACCUAACAGUGUGAAAGACAGGAAGGAGAAGGGGGCAGGGGAACAAGAUUUACCAAUUCCAGAGAGUGGCCAAGGCUUCAUAUUCAGUACAUAUCAGGAGCAGGAUCAUGACCUUAUCAAAUCAGAUGAGGGGCAGAAACGAACAGGAAGUAUAAAUAUCCAUGUACAACCACAAACACAUUUUGCAGAGAGUAUUUUGAGCUCUGCUUCAUGCCCAACAUUGGAUCCAUUUCAACUGAGAAAGCUAGAGAGCAAUGCUAGGUUUUUUCCUCCAACGUCAGGAGAAACAAAAUUUGAUGAAAAAAUACUUUCUGCAAGAGAAGGUGGUGUUCCAUCUGAGGCAAACCAUCAAAAGGAACAAGCUGGUGAAACUGAAAAGGAAGAGAAAGUGACUUUAGAUUUCUGCAUGGCUGCUUUAUCUCUAUCCAAAGGCAAGAGAAACUUCAAACAAUAUUCAGACAUGAAAAUCUUGAUGAAUCCCAAAUGUGGAAUUUUAAAAGCAAAGAAACCACCCAUUUCACACAUGCUCAAUAUCAAGGGUGGUGCUAGACAAAAUCAUAGGAAAGAAUUGGGAUAUAACUUGAGCACCAAAAUGGGACAGGUAGGUCAGGGUACAAAAAUGGCAGAGGGCAGGGACUCCCUCCUGAACAUCAUCUCUGCCAUUAAUAGAUAUAGUGACCGAGAAGGGGAAAAAGACAUGUUAGGAGAAAAAAGACUCAGUUCCAAACAAGUAAUGCAAAAUAUACCCCCACACGAAGGGAAUGUGACUCCAGAUGACCCCGAAGAAGGUGAUCUUCAAGAUGAAGAAAGUGAACAGGAGAUGUUACUAAAAGUAAUUCCACAGCACAGCCAACAUUUCAUACUUUGUUCAGACCAGACGAAGGAGCUUGAGCUUCACAAACCAGGAAACAAAGGAUGUGGGGAAACUCUGUUUUUUACCAAACAGGACAUCCCCCAGCGCACACCAGAUCCAGUGCAGGCAACACAGCCAAAGAGCAGCCAGCAGACACAAAGCGGCACAGUGUGGUCAGUGAGUUCAAACCUUCCUCUUCUAAAGUCAAACGAAUCACUAACCGGUCAAGUUGUAAUUGAUACAAUGAAAUGUGACGUCCCAAGUGAUGAGAGCCGCAUGGGAGAGCUGGAUGAUCAUGGUAAAGAGGAAAAGUCAGAGUUUAAAACAGAUCUACAAGCACCUGUCCCUGAGUCUUCAGCUACUACCACACCUGAUCCCCCUGACCCUAAACAGGGGAGAAAGACAUACACAUGUAGAGCCUUAAAAAGUAAAAUGAGUCCCAAGUGUGUUGUUAUGAAGGCAAGAAAGGCACCAGUGUCACAGAUAUUUAACAUCCCUGGGAAUGGCUGUCUGAAAACCCUCCCGUCGAAAGCCCUGCGAUCACAGAUCGUUGAGUUUUUGAUUCAGAUAAAAUCCUCUGGGGCGCUAGAAGAUGUUACUGCAGAGAGGAAGGAAGGAGGAGCCCAAGAAUUGCUAGCAGCAAUGCUGGAGUUCUGGGAGGCAGCCACACUUGCUUUACCUGUGUCGAAAAGAGAGAGAAACCACUCAGAACUUACAGACAAGAUAAAAAAAAUGAGGCCCAAAUAUAUCACUUUGAAGGCAAAGAAGACACCGAUUUCCAAGACAUUUAAUGUCACAAAACGUGGUGUGCCAAGCCGUGGUAGGCAAUUUGAAGGCAAGUUCAAAACCAUGAGGAAACAAGGUCAGCCACUGGCAGUCGCCACGCCGAAGGCCACUUCCUCUCCCAUGUCGGUUUCACUGGACAUGAAGGUGCAUAACAGAACCAAAGUAGAGACAGACAUGCCGGGGAAGACGAGGUUCCAUCCUGAGCUACAACAGCAAGGGCACUGGCCAGAUGGAGGGGGAGCCUCGUGUCCCCAUUCUAGGGCGGAGAGGGAAAAGGCCAGGAAGGAACUCAAAGGCCACGGUGGAGAAGCAACGCCUUGGAAUUUCCAGCACCUCACUUCCAGUGCUCACCAUAUUAAGGAGGCUCGCUGUGUGAAAUCCGAUCUCAAACGGAAGUAUUCAGCAAGGGGAAAAAUCCCAGAAUCACUAACCAUAGCGGAGGAGCUGCAACAACACACGUUUUUUGCACAAAGUGCGUUGCGUUCUGUGUCUUCCUCUAUUUUGAAUUCACUUCCAUCUGAGAAGGCACCAAAAAGGACAAAAACACAGAGGUCAAGGAUUUUAUCUCCAGCGACAGAGAAAUCACUCGGCGACUCUUUAGCUGUUAAAGUACCAAGUGACCUCCUGCCUGAGACAGACCCAGCAGAGGAAUCUGCUAGUUCUAGUCCAGAGGGAAAGAAAGAAUUACAAACAGAUUUACAAGGCAGAGCCCUACAGUCUUUCGGUAUCUCCAGGCCGGAUUCAUCUGAAGUUAAAGGGUUGAGAAAGGUAGCACUGAUCCCUACGUCUCAAACUGGGGAAGCCCAGAUGGCGUCGGUUUUGAAGACAACUAAUACCGCUAGUCCCAGUGCCCCCAGCCAUGGAAAGGAACUGGUCUACACCUUUGAUAACAUGGCCAAAGAGUUAUCUCAGAGUAUGUCAAAUAUGUUUAUGCAUACUUCUUUUGCAGCUACACCUGUUUCACCUGCCACCAAAACACAUAAAAAACGGAAAGCCAAGAAAGACCCAGUCAAAGUCAGUAUUAUACAGCUGAGACCAGAGGACAGGCAAAGACUGUGUAAAGGGUGCGGCGCCUUGGGCACCACGUCCCAGUCAGGACAGCAAAACGAAAGAGAGGGCAAGGAAGCUGCAUCCAAAACAGAGAGUAGAAAAGAUGAAGAUAUGCUUAUUACAGAGCAAGACAUGCAGCAACAAACACUAGUUUCAGAAAAUACAUUGGAGUCUACCUGUUCUCCUCUGAUCAUUCCAUUUCAAACUGAAAAGGUGAAGAACAUCCCACCAUAUACAAACAUACUGCAUAGAAAAAGUGAAAAGACUUCAUGUGUGAACAGAGAGAAAGCGAUGGUCGAUGGUCUUUUAAUUGAUGAGGCAGGGUAUAGGACUCCAUCUGCUGGGAAUCCCCCAAGGAGGCUGGAUGCUUCCAGUCCAGCUCCCCUACAACCUGGAGAAGAGAAAGACAGAACAACUCAGAAAGUAACAAAAUACGCAGCUGAUCAAAAUAUCCCACCCAAGUCAGGGAUCUCAGCGCUUGAAGAUUCACCUAUUGAAAGCUGUAGAAGGAAAGUGGAUGGUUCUAUUGUCAAGAAACAUAAAGAGUUGCAAAGAGAUUUACUAACAAUAUCCACAACGUCUGUUUUGUCUGAAUCUAGAAGGCAGAAAAAAGCACUAAAAUUUCCAGAACGGAAAGAUCUUAUGGGUCCCAGGUAUAUAACCAUGAAGACAAAGAGGCCUCUUUUUUCACAGGUGCUUAAUAUCACUGAGCAUGGUCAUCAGUACUGUGAAAAGAAACAGGAAUGCUAUUUAAAGUCUGUGAUAAAAGACAGGCAACAACAUAAAUGUAUAGCUGAUGCAUUUUCAUCUCUCACACCUGUUUCAAUGGAUAAUAAGAUAGAUAUUGAAAUUGAUAGCACACUCACAACAGGGACAGAUCAACCAAGAGUACAAACACACAACCACACCUGCCCAGAGCUAGAGAAAUCACUGAGUGUUGGGGAAGCAUGGGAGGCCAAUUUGAUUGAUACACAAAGCAGAUCCAGCAACACAGGGGGAGUGAGUGUGCCACAUGAGAAGGAAGAGGAAAACGUCCCAGAAAUGUCAGCAGAAUCAGUUCCACACGAGAGCCAACAUCUCCAUUUCACUUCUCAUCAUGUGAAAAAUCUUGGCCCUUGCAAAUCAAAACCUAAACUGGAUAGUUCAGAAGGUAGAAGUACUUGGAAUCUGUCUUGUGCAGCACAAAACAUGAGGCAAGAAGAACACAUUAGAAAAACUAUUUUAAAGCCUGUCUCUAAAAGCAUGAUGACUUUAAUUCAAGUCCAAACACUGAAGAAAGUUCUUCACACUCAAGAGGAAAUCCAACACAUGGCAGAUCUAAAGACCCCAUUUCCAGAAGCUAGGAAAUCAGAGACUGGUUCCAUACACUGUGAUGGUGUCUGGGAUGGAAAUCCUAGGAGGAAACGAGAUAAUCCUAUUUUUAAGAAAAAGGCAAGGAGUCAGAGUGACUUACUGGGAACAGUCUCAAAGCCUUUAGGUUUCUCCAGCCUCGAUUCAUCUGAACCUGAGAGCCAGAGUCAUACAGCAGAGGCUGUAGGCGAGAAAAGCACAAUGAGUCCCAAGCAGGCAGCUCUGGAGGCAGGGAAGCUACCAGCUUUACAGGAGCUUAAUAGCACGAGGUGUCUUACCGAAAAACAAAGAGAGAAAAGGCACAAACUAAAGACCAAGGCAAGAGAAAAGCAAUGGAAUGAAGGUGCAAGAGAGACAUUAUUCCAUGCCAGCGAGGGAGCUAAGAGUCCACCAACCACGUUAGUGACUGAUAAACUCUCAUUUGAUACAGCAGUGAGAGACAGUCUGGAUAACCAUGGAACACUUCACAAAAAUCUAGGUGAUUUUGUUACAGAGAAAAAGGCAGAGCUGGACAAAAACUUAGCCACAGUUCUCCUGGGGCCUUUUGAUUUAUUCAUGCCGGUUUUAUCUGACUCUGAAAGCCAGAUAAACACAGUGCAAGAGAAAAUCAUACCAAAACACAAAUGUUCGGUGAUGAAAAAAAAGGAGCCACUCAUUUCACAGCUAUUUAAAAUCAGUAGGCAAUCUGCCACAAAACAGAGGACGAAAUUUAGAUCCAAGGUAGAAACCAAAAUGAAAGAGAUGCACUCAGGUAAAAAUGCAACUGAUAUGUAUACAAAUGCCACUUACUUCGAAGUGGAUACCUCCAACAUUAGAAGGCAAAGCAGAUUCCAAACAGAGGCAGACAGAAUAUCAGGGUUUAAUCCUGUACAGCCAACACACACUCAGCUGCCAGUCGAAGACAGAGUGGUUUUACAGUCACUUAAUGCCACAGAUCCUGCUGCUUUAAGCAUUAACAAAGAACAGGAGAUAGACACACACAGAGAGAAAGCUGUGUUAAACACAGACCUAAAAUCUACAGAUGCUUCUCCAUCUAUUCCACCACAUACAAAAAUGGAGCAGUCACCUAACACCUCGAGUAACUAUGAAGAAUCUUCUGAAAAGAGAAAUGCCCUAAAGAAAGCAAAAGGUAUGGAGGAAAAAGAGUGUGAACAACAGGUCUUGUCUGGAACACCUUCACAAUAUACCCCGUCACUUGAGUUUCUACAAAAGAAACAGCAAGAACUAUGUGUCUCAGGAAACAUCCAGAACUCUGCUUAUGCUUAUACACCUCCAUACCCCCAAAUCCUAAACCAUCAAGCUAAUGCGAAAGCAGCAGGUGUAGAAAGCACUGUGCCUACUGAACAGGUAAAAUCAAAGGCAAAGAAACCACUUGUUUCCCUGAUGUAUAAUACAGCAGGGCAUGGAACCCGAAGCCAUGAAAAGGAGACAAGGUUUAACACCAAGAAGCAGAAACCAGGGUUCCAGCAAGAUAAAACUGAGGUAGAAUUCUCUCUGAAAACUAUCUGUGACCCUGAGUCUAUUCCACCUCAAAUUCAAGAGUUGAUGGAAGCGGAAAGGGAGAAAGGCAAGCCACCAAGGCCGGAGAAAUCGCUGAACACAAGACAAAUAGCAUUUUCACAGUCUCUUGCUAAGAGUGCCAAAUCCAGAAAUAGGAAAACCCCGAGACAGUGUAUCAGAAAGCAAGAAGAAAAUGGCCAAAUUGCUUCGCUGGACCUCUUCCCACAGUGUAGAUACCGAUUCGUGAUGAGACAGCAACUGAAGAAGAGCCCCACCCAUGUCAAAUACACAGUCAAUUUGAAAAGAGAAGCACAUCCUGCUCAACCUCCACCAAAGACAGCAAGCUGCUCCACCACAUUUGACAUCUCAAGAGUGAGAGUGCACACACAGCGCCAGCGCCUCUUCGCCCUGGGAGUAAAGGCGGGAGACAGAGACAAGGCCCAACCUCCAGUGUCGACUCCGCAGAGGACGGAAGUAUCUGAGCAAACAGAUAUUUCUUUAAGUUCAAAAGGACAGAAUAUGUGUCUUCCAGAGUCAGACGCUUCUCAAGAGAAGACUUGCAAGGAACAGGAUCUGCUGAAAGAAGGAAGUAAUUCAAGGACACUGGUGGAGCCUACUUUGUACUCCAUUACGGAAACCUCUCAUUUGGAAAAUACCAUUCCAAAUCAACUGGCAAGAGAUGGCUUAAGAGAAACUGAUACCUUACAAGGUUCAAAAGGACAGACAUUUCUUUGUGCAAACGCAGAAGCCCGGCAAUAUACACCUGCGGUGGAGAUCAGAGACGUGAAACCAGAUCCCAUUCCGGAACGUCUCCUGGAUUCAGCAUCUUGCCCCAGUGGGGAACUUCAUGUGAGAGAGGCAGGAAAUGCAACACGGAAAGAAAAAGUUAGCAUCCCUGUUGUUUCAGACGUCAAUCUAUGGGAAACCGAGAUGCCAAAGUUAACGAACCUUCUAUUAACAUCGAAUGAACAGAAAAUAAACUGUUCCAAAAAAGGGAGGACAGAGCAGCGAAACAGUUCUAACCAGAAGAAAGGAAAUCUUCUGGAAUUCAUUUCCUCUUGCAUAUUGUAUCAACUCCAUAUUGAAAGGCGAAAGAAAGAAAUCUCAGCCAAAGGAAUGAGUUCAGCGGUUUUGAGUCCAGUGGUCCAGAAAGCAUCAAACACAGUAGAUACUCCAGUGGAUCAACCUCCGUGCUCAGGAAGAAGAAAAGAACAUCAACAGGAAAGUACACGCAAGGGUCUCCCAACAUCUCUUUCUCAUUCUAUAAUGAAUAUAUUUCAGAUUAAAUUGCCAGGAGUAAUGAAGGCAGCAAAGGAAGUCGACAGUCCAAGGCACCACAGUUCAAACACAGAAGGAAUUGGCUUGCCUGGUGCAGGAACAGAAGAGCAACCAGAAUGCGUACAACGUAUUUGGCCAAAUCUUGCUUCUGAUCCUUCAAGAGAUAUAUUAUUUCAAAGUAAGAUGCCGUAUGAAAAGACAGUAUCGGAAGAAGUAGUUAGCACUGUGGAGUAUACUCCAAGUACAGAAGGACUUGGUUCACAUAUUACAGGAAAAGGAGGCCAGCAAGAGAAAUGGAUGCCUGAGACCCUUCAAAAGUCCACAUCUCACCCCCAAGCAGGUCUCCACCAAACUAAUAUCUCAGUGCAAGAAGUAAAGUUUGAUGACACAAGUAAGAUGCAUUCCGAAUAUUCAACUCCACAGGCUAAAGAAGCAUUAAAAGGAAUGGAUGUUAUUUUUGGAUAUACACAAAAAAGUGAAAAAGGACAGAACUUACCCAGCGUGGAACAAAAGCAGCAGCACCUACCGAUUCCCUCUGAGAAUUUUCCCUCCCUGAGAAUUCCCUCUGAGCAUACAUCUUACCCUCAAAACAAUCCCUGGCUCCUGCCGCAUUUAACGCCUCAGACGAAGGAAGCAUUAUCCGAAGUAGGUAAUGUGUCGAGCAGGACAAAAGGAUUAGACUUGAUUUCUAAAGAACAACUAAAUACUCAGCGUGAGUGUGGCCUGGAAUGGACUGCACCCUCAGCUCCUCCAACGCAAACGACGAGACAAAAUACAAGGCCACCUUUAGAAUCAUCCAGUGAAACUGCAAAAUAUCAGAAUGUCUCACUGAUAAAAGGAAAGAAAAUAUUAUAUGGGGAGCAGACAAUUGAUUCAAUAACAAAAGUUAGCUCCCCCAAGCUAAGUGUUAGAAAGAAGGCGCACUUACGUAAAGCAUGUCAAAAAAAACUACGAAAAGAGGUGUGUCUACCUGGAUUUUUUUCACAUUCUCUUUCUAUCCAUAUGUUUCCUUUGCCUGAAAAUAAAAGACAGAAGAAUGACCUAAAACAAGAAGUUGAGAAAGACAUGGUAUCCACCCAAAGGACUUGGGAGAAAUUGAUAUUUUCAAACAUAUUUAAUACCACUGACUGUGGUGGUCCAGGCAACAGACCAGAACUGCCGAGGAAGAUAAAAGAGAAAACGGUAAAUUUGAACCAUAGAAAGGUUAAACCUGAUUUGGUUGUGACAGAUGUAUAUGAGUCCAUCUCUUCUCUCAAACUGAAUAUAAAGACAGCUGAUGAGAUUACCUCAAAUAAUGUAAAACGAAUUAAACAACUUAUAUCGCAGAGAAAGGAGAAGAUUAGAAUAAAGGGAGUCAAUGUGAAAGGAACAGUGGACCCCAACAUUACCUUGAAGGCAAAGAAACCAUCACGAUCACACAUGCUCAGUGAAAAGGAAUUGCCAAGGCCGUUGAACAUUAUAAAGCAAGAGAGCGAGGGGCAGAUAGGCAAAGGUAUGUCAGGUGUGAAGCUGACAAACUUGUUUGCUUCUGUACCAUCUCUGUCACCUCUUGAUUUGAAUUUAAGAACAAAAGGCGGAAGAGAUUCGUCAAGAAUACCACAGAACUGCCUUCCACCACUAAAGCUCCAGGCAACAUCAAAUAUCAGGAAAGCGUCAUUUGCAGAGUCAAUUAAUAGAGAGAGUUUAAGCAACAUAAUAGAGUCAAAACAUUGCCCACAGCAAAAGAGGGAAGAUGGAGACAAUAUGGUAUAUGAGAAAGAGAAAAGGGACUGCAAAAGGGCCACUUUUAAAAGAAAGAAAAAACUUUUCAAACACACACCGCAUGCAAAUGAACCGCAGUGGGACAAUAAAGAGCGAGAGGAAAUGAUACAGGAAGAUGAGAGUGACGGAAAUGUAGUUCUGAAUAAGCCCCAUGCCUCCAUUCCAUCUUCUCUCCUGGAGCAGGGUCCUGGAGUAAAAGAAGCGGCAUCACAAACAGUAUCAUGGUUCUGCCCUCCAUCACUGACCCUCCAGGAACUGUCAGAUGCAGUGAUAGCAUGUAAGGAGCCAGCUGAUGAUAUUUUAAGCAAUAUAGAAAGAUCAAAAUAUAUGUCACAGGAAAAUGAAGACAGAGUGGACACGGCUUUGAAAGAGAUAAGGCAUCCCCAAAGAAUGCCUCUGGAGGUGAACCAGUCUCCAGUUGCCCAGGAACUGCAGUUGAACAUCAAAGAAAAAGAGGAAAAGAUGCAGCAAGAUAAAGGUAAACAAGUCAGGAUUCAGAGACAGUCCUGUGUUUGCAUCUCUUCUCCACCUUACUCUGAAGUGGACACAAGAAGGGGAGGAGAAGCAGUCUUGCUAAGAAAAACAAGAUCCUGUUUUCUACAACCCAAACUCCAGGAGUCAUCAGAUAUGGGAAACGUACCAUAUGAAAAGUCUGUUUCUGGUGAUAUCUCAAACAGGGUAAAACAAGCUAAAGAACAUGCAAUCCAGGAAGAAGAGGAGAGAGUUAAUAUGGAAGAAGUCGUCCUUUCGAAGAAAAAGAAUUCAACACUAUCACAGAAAAUCCAGCUGGAUGUCAAGGAGCAAAAGAAAAAGAUACAUAGAAUUCAAGGUGAACCAAGUGUGAUUUUGAUCUGUACUUCGAGACCUGCCACUUCUUUUAACUUGAACACAAGAAUAAUAGAAGCAGAUGACAGAGCUAAAGUAACAAGAUAUUCUUGUUCAGAACUACCCCACCAGAAAUCAUCAGAUGUAGUGAAAAAAGCAAAUCGAGAGUCAACUGAGAUAGAUAUCAUAAGUGAUGUACAAGCAGCAAAGGACUUUAUGCCCCAGAAAGGAGAGGAUCAAGGAGAAACAGCCAAUAUGAAUUAUAUGAGGUACUCCAAAGAAACAAGUUCCAAGGCAAAUGAGUUCCCACUUCCACACGUUCCCAGUAACCCUGGGAGCCACAGCCCCCAGACUAGAGAUAAACCAACGAACAGACGAGAAAACCUGGGUCAUGCACAGGAAAGAAAAAGUGAACGAGAUGAGGUCCUGACCGGACUUUGUCUACCUCAGUUUACAUCAAUCAAAGGCGAGAAGGAGAACCAAGGAGCUCUCAAAUCCUGUCUUCCACCGUUAGGGCGCAGGAAGUCAUCAGAUGCGCAGGAGUUAAAAUAUACAGUGUCACCUCUGAGUGAGAUCUCAAGUGAUUCAAAAAGAACAAAAUACGUGACGUGGGAAGAAAAGGAUAAAGCAAAUAUGUUUGUGAGGGACCCAGUGCAUCCCAAGUCCUUAUCUCUGAAGGUAAGGAAAUCCCCGCUUUUCCGUAUGCUCGAAGCAAAGAAACUGCAAGUGAACAUUAGGGAGCAAGUGAAACGGGAGCAGAAAGGGAGAAGGGACACAGUUGUGAUUCUGAGCAAAAUCUGCCCUUUCGUCACUUCUUCAACUCAUCUUAAAUCUGACACGAUAAAAGAAGACAAAGGUGGUCCAGGAGUCCUAAGGCACUCUGGGCCACAUCUCAAGAUCCAAGCCUCACGGCCUUCAGUACAGAAAGCACCUCUAAAGUCAACUGAUAGGAAGAAAGAAAGACAAUAUCUGCCACCAACAGAAAGGAACAGAGCACACGCAACAGUUGUGAGAGGCACGGUGCAUGCCAGUGGCUCAGACUUCAAGGCAAAGACGUCAUCCCUCCGUCAUGUGUUCGGUGUCGCCAAGCACGAUGCUCUGAGCAGGAGAAAGGAAGCGCGCGCAAGUGCGGAGGAGAGCGCAGAACAGGGGCGGGGGCGAACAGGAGAGCCUGGUGUGACUCCAAAAAAAACCCCUCCUGCCUUGCCUUCUCCAUCAGACCGUGGACUGGAUGCAGGAAUCAAAGAAGACAAACACUCGCCUGCAGUCACGGGAUUCUCUCCACCCUUUCAGCUCCUUGAGUCAUCGGGUGCAGGGAAAAUCAGGCAUGCAGAUUUCAGUCAAGGUAUUAGCUCGUGUAAUAUAACAGUAAGAGCUAACGGACGUGUGUCGUAUACAGAGACAGAGAUCAGAGUAAAAAGAAAAGACGAGAAAGGUAGAAAACACCCCAAAAUCACAGCUGUGGAAGCCCAAACAUCCCCACUUACACAUUUACUCAGUAGAAACAGACUGCCUUUGAAUGUCAAAGAGCGAGGGAAGGAAAUGCAGGAUGGCAAUGGUGAGCUGGGAAUGGUUCUGAGGGAAACUCGUGCCUCCUUACCUUCUCUAUCUUCCUUGAGACAAGACACUAGCAGAAAUGAAAGGAAAGAUGCAGAAAGAAUCACGCAAUCCUGUUUUCCACCACUGAAGAUUUUUGAUCCACUCAACCUAAACACAAAAGCAGAUGCUAAGUCAUUUGAUGGUUAUUUGUUAAAAAACAAAGUUAGACUCAAAACAGAUAAUGAAGACAGAGUGCUUCCAAUAUCUGUGCAUCAAAAGGCAACAGAAUUACCACUUUCACACAGAUGUGAUACCAAAGAAUCACAGUGCAAAAUGAAAAAGCAAAAGAAAAUGGUACAGAGAGAGGACAGUGAACUAGCUACAAGACUGAAAAACAUCUGUACUUCUUUACUGACUCUACCAUAUCUUAAAUCUGAUACACCAGAAGGAGAGAGGUACGUGAUAAGAAUCACAAAAUUGCCUCCCCCACAAGCAGAAUCACCUAUUGUACUUACACACAACCUAACUGACCUUCAGGGAAAAACUAAAGGGAAGGUUUGGGAAGAUAAACAGGAGCCAGGUGAUGCCAUGCACACUGAGACCUGUGCUUCUCUCUCUUCUUCUCUUCGCCUUGAUGAAAACACCAGCAUAAGAGAAGAGGGCAUGUCAAUGCUACCAAGAUCCUCUUUGCCCCCAGUAAACUUCCAGAAAUCAUCAAGUUCUGAGGAAGUGAUAUAUGUAGAGUCAAUGGCGAGUGAUACUGUCAUUAGUCCCCACAAAGAAAAAUAUUUGCCCCGGAACAAGAAAGAGGACGGAGUAGAAAGAAGAAACUUUGUGUCUCCCAAACAUCAACGAAAGGAGAUGCAGGAAAGUAAAGAUGAACCAGGUAUGGUUCUGACCAAAUUUUCUACUUCAUCCCCAUCUCUCUCUGCCCUCAAAUUGGAUAAAGCAGUACAAGUGGAUGAUGAAACGCUAGCAUGUACACGGUCUAUUUUGCAGAGAGUAUCAUUUGGAGGGAAAUUAUAUACAGACACAACUAGCGGUGAUACCACAGAAGAGGCUCAAAACCUGACCAAAUCUUCUACUUCAUCACCAUUUCUCCCUGCCCUCAAGUUGGAUGUAGAAGUCCAAGUCAAUGAUGAAAUGCUAGCAUGUAGAGAAUCUGCUCUGGGGAGAAUGUCGUAUGCAAGAGAAGAAGUACAUACAGAGACAAUUAGUGGUAAUACCAUGAAAGAUGGUCAAAACCCGACCAAAAUUUCUACUUCAUCACCAUUUCUCCCCACCUUCCAACUGGAUAAAGACGUACAAGUUGAUGACGAAACGCUAGCACAUAGAAGGUCUGUCUUGGGAAGACUGUCAUAUGCAGGGGAAAGAGGACAUACAGAUUCAAUUAGCGGUGAUAUCACAAAAAGUGACCAAAACUUGACCAAAUUUUCUGCUUCAUCACUGUCUCUUCCUGCCCACAAAUUGGAUAAAGAAGUUCAAGUCGAUGACGAAACGCUAGCACGUAGAAGGUCUGUCUUGGGAAGACUCUCAUAUGUAGGGGAAAUAGCAUAUACAGAUUCAGUUAGUGGUGAUAUCACAAAAAAUGAUCAAAAGUUGACCAAAUUUUCUGCUUUGUCACCAUCUUCUUCUGCCCACAAAUUGGAUAAAGAAGUUCAAGUCGAUGACGAAACGCUAGCACGUAGAAGGUCUGCCUUGGGGAGAAUUUCAUUUGCAGGGGAAAUAGUACAUAGGGGUUCAAUUCAUGGUGAUACCACAAAAGAUGGUCAAAACCUGACCAAAUUUUCUGCUUCAUCACCAUAUCUCUCUGCCCUCAAGCUGGAUAAAGAAGUACAAGUCAAUGAUGAAAUGCUAGCACUUAGACGGCCUGUUUUGGGGAGAAUUUCAUAUGCAGGGCAAAUGAUACAUACAUAUUCAAUUAGUCGUGAUUCCAGGAAAGAUGUUCAAAAUGAGGAACAACGUAUUCCUGAGAAAGAAGAGAGGGACAGAGAAAAAUCAGUAGAUAGGAGAGGUGUGAUGCACACCAAAUAUAUAAUUUUGAAGUCCAAGAAAUCGCCUUCUUCAUAUACACUCCACAGAUCAGAAUUGUAUCUGAACCUUGGAGGGACAGAGCAAAAGAAACAGGAAACUCAAGGUAAACCACCUGGUAAGAUGGUAAGAAAUAUUUAUCUUGCCACACCUCCAGCUAAACUGAAAUUGGACAGAGGCACACAAGUAGAUGAAGGAAAGCUUGGAAUUAAGAAACCCUCUCUACUUCCACGAAUGAUUUCAGCAUUAUCAGAUGCAAAGAAGAGAACAGAUACAAAGGGAAUCAGCGGUGAUGUAAUAAAAAGAAAACAAUGCAUGUCAGAGAAAGAAAAAAAGCUUGAUGUGAAAAAUGUAGAUAUGAGGCUACGGACCCAUCACAAAAAAUCAGCGAUUUCACCAAUUCCAGAUGUCCUUAGUACAAAGAAAUUUGUGUUGAAUGUUAUUAAAGAGCCAGGGGAAAAAGUACACAAAGAUAAAGAUGAACCAAGCAUGGUCCUGACAAGGACUUUUCUUUCUAUCCCUUCUGCACCUCUUUAUUUAGAUUUAGGGAGCAAAACAGACAAAGACACACCAGAAAUCACAGGAUCCUCUGGUUCACAGCAACAUCUCCAGGAAACAUCAGAUACCCAGAAAACAGCAAUGAGAGAAUCAGCUGCUGGUGAGAGGGAAAUUGUUAAAAAUGCAGAAUGCUCAGUGCCAGAAGACGCCAUGCAACAGUGGACAUCAAACUUUGUGAUCAGUGUACUGCAAAGGAGGGAACCUCUACAAGUCAAAUCUGAAGGAGAUGUGAGUCGGUUACUUUCAAAUUCACAGCAGGAAGACUUUUAUGUCACAGGGUAUGGUACUAUAAAAAGUGGGAAAAGGCUAGAAUGUUUCUUUGCAGGGUCAGAGGCUCAGCAAGAAAAAUACAAACCAGAAACUUUGGCUACAAUUCUUUCCUUCCCCAUGAUGGAUCUCACUAAAAUUGAAAGUCUGAAGAAAGAAACAGAAAUAAUGAAUAACUUAAACCAUAAGAUAAGUCCUCACAUUCUGGUUUCACUGCCAAGGAAAUUAUCCAAGGAAAUAUAUGCCACACUCGGCUCCCCUGUCAGUUCAGAAGGAUUUUCUGCUUCCAAGCAAGAUGUCCACCACCAACAAGAAGCUUUAUCACAAGCAUCUCCAGCAUCUACAGAUCUAUGUAAACUGGAUAAGCCAGAAGAAGAUAGACAAAACAAUGGAAAAACAAAGGAAAUGUCCCCUCCCAACGUGUUAGCACCACAGAUAAAGGAACCCCUUGAGGAAAUGAAUCUCACAGAGUCAGAUGCACUCCAAAAUGCAGAUCAAGAAAUUGUCAUGAAAAAGCAAGUGGUGCUGCAGUCUGGGAGUGGACAAAAGACCAGAGUGGAUUCUAGUCUUUCUCUGAAAAUUCCACUGCAACAUGUAAAGCAAAGGACAUCAUUGGAAAUAGAUGUGCGCAAGCAAACUACAGUGUGCCCUGGAAUACAAAAGCUCCCAGGAAUACGAACGGGUAUGACAGAGUUUGACGCCCAAAGAAAGAAAAAGGAGCAGACAUUGCUUGUUCCAGAUAAAGAGGCACAGAGUCUAGAAGCGCUUCAGAAGUCUGCUUCCUCCUGGACUUUUCCACUUCAAUCUGGAGAUGCGGGGGGAAAAGACGAAACUGACACUGGCUCUGCUGGAAAUCUGGAGCAAAAAAAGUUAGAAAUGAAAGAAGGGAUAUUAAAAAUAGAUACAAACAUAGCUGUCCGUCUAGAAGAGGACAGAAUAGAAAUGCACAAACACACCAUUGUUAAUCUGGAGGAGGAGACAAUAAAAAUGGACACAAGCAAUACCAUAAACCUGAACACGGCAUCUCUAAAGGCAGAGGAGCCUCAGAUUAAGACUCAGGUAAUCACUCCUGUGGCAAACAGAUGCCCAAUCAAGCAAAAACAGAAAAAGGAACGAGAAGUGUCCAGUGCAAAACAUGACAUUCAACUACAAAAAAUGCUUCAAAAACAUGCUCUGGAUUCAUUUUAUGCCUAUAUUCCUCUUUCUCCAAAAUUAGGAGGCCAGAAAGGCAGAUUAACAAUAGCAGACUUGAAAAGAGAAUUGGGCCCCAAACAUUUAAAUAUGAAAAUCCAAAAACAUCCAAUUUCACAGAUUCUAGGCAACACGGGACGAGGUACUCCAAGCAAUCGAAAGAAAUUAGAGUAUAACUUUAACAAAUCAAAGAAAAUAGCUUUGAGAAGAGGAGAUGCCUCAGAAAUAUUUAUCAGAAGUCUUUCUAUUUCCACAGUGAGUCCAUCUCAGACUAAAGACCCAGUAAAAUCUCAGACAAACCUAGAAAGUGCAAAGAGAACCCAUAUUUCAGAAUUCCAGAAGAAAUCACCAAAUACUAGUGAAACUAUGAAGAGGGACAGUUCAAGCAUUGUGAAAGAAGGGAACCAGAAUUUUACAAACACAAUUCCACAGGAUUCCCAGCCCUUCAUGGUAAACCAACAAAUGCGCAAACUUCCUAACACCAAAUCAGAAGCAAACCUCAGCAGAGAAAUAAAUAAAUAUUUAGCUCCACAAACAAACGAAAGGGUUGUUCCAGGCCAGGAUAUCUCUAGGAUCAUAAAAGAACCUGACGUGCUCAUGAUCAAACAAGAAAAGGCACCAAAACCCACUGAAACACCCACAGAGUGUCUAAUCGUGUCUAAAGAUCCAAAGGAAAUUGAUCAUAGGGAUCAGAGUGAACUUGUACAGGACACAGCCAUGCAAAAGGUCCAGCAACAAGAAACUUCUCUAGGAGUUGUGCCUAUUCAACCACAAGCUAAAGGUAAUGAAAGAAAACCAGUGGGAUAUAGUCCAAGUGCAGAAAUUAUGAUUCCUAUUUGUGAAGCAAUUAAAAAUGUUCUUGAAUCCCAGAUAAAAAACAUAAUUCAAAACACGUUUUUUCCUAAAAACCUUGAAAAAGCAAAAGACAAUAAACCUGUUGAUUGGAAGUCACCACGUCUCACAAGGGGUCCAAGUACACUAUCCAUGACAAUGCGUCCUGAAUUGCAGCCAAAACCUAUUUUAGAAAAUUUUACUUGCAAAGAAAAAGUUAAGCUCACAAAUCAUUUAGAAUCAAAAGCACCUGAAAUAAGACUGAAUUUAAUACCAGAGGUGGUAAAACAAUCCUUCCAAAGGUUCAGCUUUUAUCAAAAAUUGGCUGUUUCAAAACAUAACAGUUGGAAGCUCUAUCCAAGACAUAAACAAAUGUUCUUUUUGCCUCUGGAAGGGAUUGACACUAUAGAAUUUAACCUAAAAUGCGAAUCCAAAAAAGACUCACUUCCUGUCAAUUGUAUGAAGUCACUGACUGUUAAUGUUUCAAGAGGUAGUGAAGAGGCAGUGAACAUUACAAAGUUAAAGCGGAUGAAAGCGCUAGAAAGUGGAGCACCUUCACUGACUUCCGCUAGAGAGAAAACAUUGCCUCAUAUUCUCCAGAACUGCUCAGUAGGAGAGAAGAACAAACUCCUCAUACACUUUUCUAAGAAGACACUGGAGAUUCAAAUGAAAGCCUUUCCCAGAAUUGUAAGGGACUCUUACACAAUGGCCAGUGCUCAGGAUGGACGGAAACCUUUAUCUAAAUGUGUUCAUUCUGUGGUCAAAGUACCAAAACGAAGAAACAGAGUUUUGUUACUUUUUGAGGAAGACUCUCUUCAUCAAAUAGAUCUUGAUUUACAAUACAAAUACCUCCGUUUUCUCCUGGGUUCUCCAGUUGCAAGGAUGUUCCCUAACCCAGUUGUAUUUCCCAAACAUAGUCUGAAAUUACAGACAGUUACAAUAUGUAAAAAGGUAGAUAGCAGUGGGGGAAGUGGCGGUCAUUCCAUUAAUACACAACCAUUAGAACAUAUCCCUUUCAAAACACAAAGUUUCCAUGAAAACUCAUCAUUAGUCAGAAAUUUCUUGGCACCUACCCAGCUGUGUGCCCCUGACCCUGAUCAACACAGCACAGUGCAGAAAGAUAGCAUGGCUCUUUCUAAGUUAAAAUCUCAUGUGACUCCAGAAAAAGAUAAACAAUGUCAUGUAUGGUUUCAAGAAACAAGUACAUAUGAAUCUGUUGAUUUAAUGAUUCAGAAAAAGGCUCAGGAUGCAGGCAGUUCCCAUUCAACUCAUAAUUCUGAAGAUUUUACUGACAGUCAGACAGAUAUUGAGAAUUCAGAUAACUUGGAGGAAUGCUCACCUCAUGAUGUACAUGAGAGUGAAGACUUUAUCUUUUUAGAUGCCACCCCUUAUUUAAGGCAGGAAGCGGAGACUAUUCUAUUUGAAUUACAGAAAGGCAUACCUGUGGAAAAUCUCUACAAGAAGAAAGCCAAAAUGGGUUUGAAACCACAUUACAGUGAAGAUUCGGGUUCCCAUCAUCUUCGAGGUCAUCGACAACAUUCGUCAAUUGUGACACCCCCUUCUUGUGAAUCCCACAGAAGCAGGAAACACAGAUCGUCCUCCAAAAUGACGCCAUCAUCUCAUGAAUGCUGCAAAAGCAGGAAACGUGGGUGGUCCUCCAAAAUGCAGCCCCCUGACCUGUGGUGUCACAGCUCCUUAAAUACCGUUGAGGUUCCAUCUGUAUCCUCUUCCAUCUCUUUCAAUGGGGAGAUGCUUUCACAGACUACAGUAAGCGGGAAAAAUUCUGUAGUUCCCUUAACAGAAUCCAAUAUUAAAUUACAUCUUGCAAAAAGCCAAGGCAAACCUCACAGGCAUGCAGAAAGCAGAGAAAGAAGGAAGGCCAAAUUGGACUUCUUUAGAAAGAACAGCAUGCCUUGGGAAUGUGAUGACAGUUAUACAAAGAGUAAAGAGAAACACACAAGAAGGAAGGAUGAGAGGGCUUAUGAAUCAGAAAGACUGGAUUAUUUCCCAAGUAAAUACAAAUCAUCAGCAAAACCUCAUCAAGAGGAUAUCAGCUUCCAUUCUGAAAAAAAACAAAACCAGCCAUUUUUUUAUGCCUGUAUACCAGCAGACUCGCUGGAGAUUAUACCCCAAACCAUUCGCUGGACUAUUCCCCCCAGAACUUUACGGAAGAGAAACUUCAGAGUUCCCCUGGUGGCCAAGAUUUCAACUUCUUACAGCAUAUGGAACUCAUCCAAAAAGUUGUUGGAAUCACUGUUAGAGUCCUUCAGCUUACUUCAUUAA